GUACAACUUGUUUGAUCGCGCUGCUGUCGGAUAAAGAACUCACGGUGGCCAACGUUGGUGAUUCGCGAGGAGUCCUGUGCGACAAGGAUGGGAAUGCCAUCCCCUUGUCACACGAUCACAAGCCCUACCAACUGAAAGAGAGGAAGAGGAUUAAAAGAGCUGGUGGUUUUAUCAGCUUUAAUGGCUCUUGGCGCGUUCAGGGGAUCCUGGCCAUGUCCCGCUCGUUGGGAGAUUACCCUCUGAAGAACCUGAAUGUUGUCAUUCCCGACCCCGAUAUUCUUACCUUUGACCUGGACAAACUGCAGCCGGAGUUCAUGAUCUUGGCGUCGGAUGGUCUGUGGGAUGCUUUCAGCAAUGAGGAAGCUGUCCGAUUCAUCAAGGAACGCUUGGAUGAACCACACUUCGGUGCAAAGAGUAUAGUUCUACAGUCCUUCUACAGAGGCUGCCCCGAUAAUAUAACAGUGAUGGUGGUGAAGUUCAGGAAUAGCAGCAAAACAGAAGAACAGUAA